CUCCUGGACUGAUGAAGGAAAAAAAAAACAUGCACUAUAUCAGUCACUUCUGGAAAAAUUCCAAAUGCAUUAGUGCAGAAAGGUGACUUUGGAUAGGGGAUGUACCCUUUGCUGUUCCCGUGACGAUCUGCCCAGACUGGCUGUGUUAAACCCUUUGAAAAAUAGCAGCAGUUAGCACUUGCGCAUCAAGGACUUGCAACAUGGAGUUAGCGUCCAAAAGGUGCCACUCACGCUGAGCACGAUCGCCCUUGGACUAGGCAGGACUCUCCCCGCUCCACGGCUGUCAGCUGCCACGUCCUUGGUUUGGCACCAGACCGAAUGAAUCCAGCUCCUCUUUGCUCUUGCUGACUCCCCUGAACCUGCUCUCUCUCGGCAGAGCACAGAGAGUCGAGUUGCCCAACGCUGAGCCAGCUGCUUGCCGCGCGUGUGUUACGGGACAAAAAGCCCUCAAGGAGGUUAUUCUGAGUAAUUCCAAGAAUAUCCUUCAGCAUGCCUGAAAAUCCUGCAGCAGAUAAACAGCAGGUGCUGCAGAUUCUUGAUCGUCUGCAAGCAAAACUCCAUGAAAAAAGAGAUGCUCCACAUAACGAAAACCUGACUGUUUUGCGUAACACACUCAGGAGCCCUUUGUUUAAUCAGAUUCUGACUCUCCAGCAAUCCAUCAAGCAACUGAAGGAACAACUUAAUUAUAUACCUCCAGACCGUUUAGUGGAUUUUGAUUUUACUAAGAGAGGGCUACUAGUGUUUGCUGACGAAUCAGUUGCUAAUGGGAGCUUGUGUGCGCCUAGUAAUUCGCCUGAACCAGGAGCAUCUACUUUCAUUCCAAGCCUAGGAGUUAAUGAAUUUAACACAAUCAUCCAACAGAUGGCAAAGGGCAGACAAAUAGAAUCAAUAAAGAUAGAAAAGCCUUCUGUUGGAGGUCUUGGAUUUAGUGUGGUUGCCCUUAAGAAACACAGCUUGGGAGAAGUUGGUAUCUUUGUCAAGGAAGUCCAGCCAGGAGGCAUAGCUGACAGGGAUCAAAGACUAAAGGAAAAUGACCACAUACUGGCCAUUAAUUGCACCCCAUUGGAUCAGAACAUUUCCCAUCAGCACGCUAUUGCGCUCCUCCAACAAUCCACAGGAUCUUUACAUCUGGUUGUUGCUAGGGAGCCAGUUCAAGGAAACAGCAGAACUUCAGCUGUCUUACCAAGUGAUAUAAAUCCACCUGAGACUAUUCAUUGGGGCCACGUUGAAGAUGUUGAGCUGAUAAACGACGGUUCGGGAUUAGGCUUUGGAAUUGUAGGAGGAAGGUCGAGUGGUGUGGUUGUAAGAACGAUUGUUCCUGGGGGAUUGGCAGAUCGGGAUGGGAGGCUCCGGACAGGAGAUCACAUCUUACAGAUUGGCGGGACCAAUGUUCAAGGAAUGACCAGUGAACAAGUUGCCCAAGUGCUGAGGAACUGUGGGAACUCUGUUAGGAUGAUGGUUGCAAGAGACCCGAAGUGUGAAAUUUCAGAGACCCCACCAACUCCUGUGAGCUGGCCAGUUAGUACAUUACCCUUCUUUCAGAAUGGGAAUGAUAAUACUGACCUUUUUGAGACCUAUGAUGUUGAACUUAUAAAAAAGAACGGGCAAAGCCUGGGGAUAACAAUUGUUGGAUAUACUGGCCUAUGUGAUACAGAACCUUCAGGGAUUUUUGUGAAAAAUAUAAUACCUGGUAGUGCUGCUGACCAUAAUGGCCAAAUUCAAGUUCAUGACAAAAUUGUUGCUGUUGAUGGAGUCAAUAUUCAGGAUUAUACCAACCAAGAAGUGGUAGAGGCACUGCGUAGCACAGGACAGACUGUGCGCCUUACCUUACUUAGAAGGAAACUUUCUUCUGCUACUCUUUCUUCAGAAAGACCAUUAGAUAGAGUGCAGCCAACUGUUCCAGCCUUAGUGUCCCCUGGAGCUAUGGGGAUUGAAGCUAGUGUGGACAGUAAGAAUGAGGAAAACCAAGAACAAAAGGAUAAUCUUCAAAAUGAAAAGAAGCAGAGUCUACAUAAAACAGGAAGAGUCCCAUUUUCUCCAGCACAUGAGCUGAAAUCCAAGUGGGAAAACCUGCUGGGGCCUGAUUAUGAAGUUAUGGUUGUGAAUGUGGAUAUGCCCAUUACAGAUGAUUCAGAGCUCCAGAAGUACUCAAAGCUGUUACCCAUCCACACCUUGAGGUUAGGAGUUGAGCUUGACACAUUUGAUGGACAUCAUUACAUAUCAUCAAUUGCUUCAGAUGGUCCAGCUGCAACACUUGGCCUUCUGCAACUGGAAGAUGAACUGCUGGAGGUAAAUGGAGUUCAGCUGUAUGGAAAAUCGCGCCGUGAGGCAAUCACUUUUCUAAAAGAAGUGCCACCUCCAUUCACACUGGUUUGCUGCCGGCGCCUUUUUGAUGAUGGCAAUGAGUCUCUUGUUGAUGAACCUACUGCAAGGGUUUUACCUCUGGAACAAAAGGUGAAACCUGAGGAAGGCAUUAAUCCUGAGGAGGAAGAAGGGGAAUUAGCAUUAUGGUCUCCUGAUGUGAAGGUUAUUGAACUGGAGAAGGACAAAAAUGGUUUAGGAUUCAGCAUUUUAGACUAUCAGGAUCCCUUAGAUCCGACAAGAACAGCCAUUGUGAUCAGCUCCUUGGUGGCAGGCGGAGUAGCUGAACGUGGAGGGGAGCUUUUGCCAGGUGACCGCUUGGUAUUUGUAAAUGAGAAGUCUUUGGACAGUGCCACUUUAGGAGAGGCAGUGGAAGUGUUGAAAUCUGUGCCACCAGGUACAGUUUCUCUUGGAAUCUGCAAACCUUUGGUGGGAGAAAGCAAAGAGGAGGAGAACAUGUGCAGUGUGGAUCCCAGCAAUGUUAAAACCAGCACUGGAUCUCCAGAACCAGUGGAUAAUAAUUUCUCAAUAAUACUUGAAGCACCACAGGGUUUCAGAGAUGAAACGCCUUUUAAAGAAGAGCUUGUUGAUGAACCAGUUUUGGGUUUAGGAAGGUCAUUUCAGCUUCCUCAAAAUGAUAUGGAGUAUGAGAAAGAGUCCUGGGAAAUGCAUGAAUUUCUGAAACCUAGAACAGAAGAAGUGGAUGAAGAACGGGAAAUGUUGGUAGAUGACGAGUAUGAAGUGGAUUCCGACUUCCUGAAAUAUGACUCAUCGGGUAGACAGAAGACAACUUCAGAGAGGGACCUCAACUCUACAGAGCAAUGGGCGAAGAAACUUGAGACAACUGAAAUGCAAGACUUAAAAUCUAGUAUUCACUUCAGUCGAAAACAGUCCCUGGAAUAUCCACUCAAUAAAGAGCAAAUGUAUGAAGAAAAUGCCAGUGUAAGUUCACUAUCUUCUGGAACCACAGCAGAGAGCAGCUAUCAGAAGGACGUGUUUGAUACUGAAAUUACCCAGCCAGGAACAAAAAACAAGAGGGAUUUAGGUACAAAGCUUCGGAUUGACUCGAAGGUACCUGUGCUUGCUGUUGAUCUGGAAGCUAUUGAAAAGGAACUAAAAGAGGAGAAUUAUAUUUUUUCUAAGAAUCAGGAAUCUGGGAGAGUUACCACCUUACCUCAGCCUAGAACAGCGUCGUGCAGUGAAUUGCCUGAGAGAGAAGAAGGAGAAGGAGAAGAAACUCCCAACUUCAGCCAUUGGGGCCCACCACGCAUUGUUGAGAUCUUUCGAGACCCUCACAUGUCUCUUGGAAUCAGUAUUGUUGGUGGACAAACUGUCAUAAAGCGCCUGAAGAAUGGAGAGGAACUUAAAGGGAUCUUUAUCAAACACGUCUUGGAAGACAGCCCAGCAGGAAGAACAAGGGCUUUAAAAACUGGAGAUAAAAUACUUGAGGUUUCUGGGGUAGACUUACAAAACGCCACGCACGAGGAAGCAGUAGAAGUUAUCAAGAAUGCAGGAAAUCCUGUUGUAUUUGUCGUUCAGAGUUUGUCCAACAUGCCAAAAGUAGUUUCUCCUAUGCAGCCUAAGGGGAGCAAAGUUCAGGACGCAGACAAAGAAAAUAAGAACGAAAAGAGAAAAUAUGGGGCUCCACCUCCAAUGAAACUACCACCUCCAUAUAGAGCAGUCGAAAGACUGCAUCCAGAGGAAGCUAACGUGGAUGAAGAGGAGGAAGUUUGUGCAGAGAAAAAAAUUAGGCAAAGGUAUGCAGAUCUACCGGGAGAGUUGCACAUUAUUGAGCUUGAGAAAGACAAAAAUGGGCUUGGACUGAGUCUUGCUGGGAACAAGGACCGAUCUCGUAUGAGCAUCUUUGUAGUUGGUAUCAAUCCGGAUGGACCUGCAGGACGAGAUGGAAGGAUGCAUAUUGGCGAUGAGCUUUUAGAGAUAAACAAUCAGAUAUUGUAUGGAAGAAGUCAUCAGAAUGCUUCUGCAAUAAUUAAGACUGCCCCAUCAAAGGUCAAGUUAGUUUUCAUACGAAAUGAAGAUGCAUUCAAUCAGAUGGCUGUUGCUCCUUUCCCUUUGCCUUCCAGUUCCCAUUCUUCUAUUGAGGAUCAUGGUGGCACUGAACCUGCAAACAGAGAAGAAGACACCAGCUUGGAAGUUGUGAUGAAAAGCUUGACUGAUGAGGAAUCCAUCAAAGCUGUCUUCAACCAAAUCAAACAAUCAAAAUCUUCAACAAAAGUGCCAGUCAGCUUACAGGAGAUAAACCUGGUGCCAGCACCUACUUAUCUUUCUCCAGAGGCAGAAGUCACCAGCCGUAGCAUCUUUCCACCUCCAUUGCCUGUGGAUCCAGCGACCUGUCCUAUUGUUCCAGGGCAGGAGAUGACUAUAGAGAUAUCUAAGGGUCGAUCGGGCCUCGGUCUCAGCAUCGUUGGAGGGAAGGACACUCCACUGGACGCCAUCGUUAUCCACGAAGUCUACGAAGAAGGGGCAGCGGCUAGAGACGGCAGGCUUUGGGCCGGUGACCAAAUUCUCGAGGUGAAUGGGAUCGAUCUGCGGAAUGCCAGCCAUGAAGAAGCUAUCACGGCGCUGAGGCAGACGCCGCAGAAGGUGCAAUUGGUUGUCUACAGGGAUGAAGCUCAUUACAAAGACGAAGAAAACUUGGAGAUUUUCCACGUGGAUAUACAAAAGAAAACAGGCCGAGGACUAGGCCUCAGCAUAGCUGGAAAACGAAAUGGAAGUGGAGUGUUUAUCUCUGACAUUGUUAAAGGAGGAGCUGCAGACCUAGAUGGAAGAUUAAUUCAAGGAGAUCAGAUUUUGUCUGUUAAUGGAGAGGAUAUGAGAAAUGCCUCACAAGAGACUGUUGCCACUAUACUUAAGUGUGCCCAAGGCCUCGUGCAUCUUGAGCUUGGGAGACUGCGAGCUGGAUCAUGGCUGUCAUCACGGAAAACAUCCCAGAACAGUCAGGCGAGCCAACAGAGCGUCCACAGUCACUUCCAUCCCGCGCUUGCUCCAGUCAUCUCUACUUUGCAGAAUUUUGUCAGCACAAAGAGAUCUUCAGCAGAUGUCUCUCAGAGAAACUCAGGAGGAGCAGAUAUGGGCCCAAGGACUGUGGAGAUAACAAGGGGACCAAAUGAUGCACUUGGUAUCAGCAUAGCAGGAGGGAAGGGGAGUCCGUUAGGAGAUAUUCCCAUCUUCAUUGCCAUGAUUCAAGCCAGUGGCGUGGCUGCACGUACUCAAAGACUCAAAGUUGGAGAUCGGAUUGUCAGUAUUAAUGGGCAACCUUUGGAUGGGCUGUCUCAUGCAGAUGCUGUUAAUCUACUAAAGAAUGCUUAUGGGAGCAUUAUCCUGCAGGUUGUGGCUGACACUAACAUCAGUGCCAUUGCUACCCAGCUGGAGAGCAUGUCUGCAGGAUGCAACCUUAACUCUUCGUCGGAGCAUCCUUCUGAAGAUCCUGAAGCACCUCAACCUAAGAUUAUUACUUUGGAGAAAGGCUCUGAUGGACUGGGAUUUAGUAUUGUAGGGGGGUAUGGAAGUCCCCAUGGAGACCUGCCCAUUUAUGUCAAGACUAUAUUUGCCAAGGGAGCAGCUGCGGACGAUGGCAGACUGAAGCGCGGCGAUCAGAUUUUAGCAGUUAACGGGGAAGCUUUGGAAGGUGUCACUCACGAGCAAGCUGUAGCCAUUCUCAAACGCCAGAAAGGAACCGUCACGUUAACAGUGUUAUCGUGAGUGGCAUUGCCCUCGCGGAGAUAAAUAACAAUUAUUUUAGAACAUCAGUCGAGCUAUUAUAAUACUGUUCAGCCCUGAGCAGGAUGUAAAGCAAACGGUGGCAGAAAUGACUCUGUAUUCAUCCCGUUGCCAGAAUUGCUGAUAUGCAUCUCCAGUUUCAUUUAGCCCUCCGCGUUUAUCAGUCGGUCUUGCCUGCCUGCCCGCCCUCUCCUGCUUCUGGUGGCUUUGGAGCUUUCUCUGAACAAAUUUGAUUAGGAAACUUUAAAGAAUAAUGUCCUUUUUGCUUUAUCUAUGCAUGGGUUUAUCCCCACCAGUCUGAACCCCAGUUACAACUGCCGAACCUGGAGUCGGUUCACACACGCAAGAGAAUUUGAUCAUCAGCUGAUCUCAUCUGAUGAGCAGAAAUAAAUGCUGAGUGACUUGUCAUCUCACUCAUGAUUUACUUAUGCUAAUUGUCCUUUCAAGUAUGCCAGAAAACAUUAGCAAUGUAAUUAAAUUACCACUGUUCCAAAUGAUGAAAUAUCAAAUUCUCCUCUGGGAAAUUAUUUGUGCUCGGCACAGUAAGUCUGAUAGUCAAAUGUGAACUUCUCAUGUUUAUCUCUUUGGGUCGGUCUGUGGAAGUUAGUCAGAGGUAAUUACUGUGAUGUGUCAAUUUGCAGCCUUUAGCAUGAAAAAUAAACUAGAGGAGAGGGAAAUACAAUUUUUUAGGCUUUUAAAAUAUUCGAGCCUUCUCAGAUAUUGGCGAUGCAUGAACAGCAACAUAUCUUCUGUUAUUCUAAUAAUAUUUUUAAAGAAGAAGAAAUGUGCUGAUGCGUGCCGGGGACGUUGCGCACAAAGGCAGUUGUUGUUGUGCCGAGGUGCAGCGUAAUUGUUCCUCCCCAAGCUUUAAUGAUGACAAAAGUUUGCUCCAGUAACGGGACCCGGCAGGUCUAGGAGCGAUAGCGAGCCGUCGCCCCUCCGCACGCCGCCUCUACGGCGAGAUGGAGUUCAUCCGAACCAGCAAACCGUUUCCAGCUCUCCGGGAGUCUCCGCCGGGGCGGGGAGCGCAGGAGGAGGCUUUCCCCGGCGCGGAGGGUGGUUCUUCGUCUGGGUCGGGCUUUGGGGGGAGACCGCUCCGGCAGUGCUGCGGCAGGCGUAGGUGACAACUUCCCCCUCGGGGCAGAGGGCAGGGAAGGAGGCUCCACGCUGCCUUUUUUGCUGCCUCUUUUCUGGUUUGAGCCAAACUGGGGCGACAGGGCCGCAGGGACGAGGUGCGGGAACCUGCCGCCAAAAAGCUAGCACCUUCGUACAGUGUCACAGCCGUUCCUGCGGUGAUGAUAUGACCGCGGCCUAGUGAUUUCGCAAAUGAAUUUGGCAGGCAGAUUCACGGUAACGCAAGUCGUUGUGGUUCAAUCUUCCUGUGCGGAGGAACCGCGGGGUGUUAGAGGGAGCAGCCCAGCCUGGUUUGGGCUGUUCGGCACAAUUCACGAUCGUGGCGUAGCAGGGAGAAGCGCAGGCAGGGGGGCGCUUGCAGAAUUGGCUGCUCGUUGUAUGUGAAAAAUCCCUCAAAAUAAAUGGAACGAGGAUUCAAAAUCUGUAGUAACUGCGUAACUGCGUAGUACAGGGCUUUUAGCUGGAUCGGGUGUCC